AUGCCGUUCAUCAAUAACCCUCUCCCCUCGUCGAUGAGGAGCGAAUGCAAGAAAUGCGGCCGCAUCCUCGCCUCCUUCAUCGACCCGCGACAAGCCUUCGGCCCAGAUAAGAUCAUCCCGCCCGCCAUCCUCGCCAACGCCAAAGGCCUCGCGAUCCUCACCGUCUUCAAAGCCGGCUUCCUCGGCUCAGGUCGUUUCGGCAGCGGUGUCGUCGUCGCCCGUCUUGCGGAUGGAACCUGGUCGGCCCCGUCGGCUAUCGGAACACUAGGUGGUGGUUUCGGCGGACAGAUCGGCUUCGAACUGACCGACUUCGUCUUCAUCCUCAACGACGCCAGCGCGGUCAAGACGUUUGCGCAGGUGGGGUCGCUGACGCUCGGUGGCAAUGUCAGUAUCGCGGCGGGCCCUGUGGGACGCAAUGCCGAGGCGGCGGGCGCGGCGAGUCUGAAGAGCGUGUCGGGCAUCUUUGCUUACAGCAAGACCAAGGGUCUGUUUGCGGGUGUGAGUUUGGAGGGCAGCGUGCUCAUCGAGCGAAGAGAUGCAAAUGAGAAGAUGUACAACCGGAAACUCACCGCGCGGGAGCUGCUGGGCGGGAACGUGCCUGUCCCACCGCAGGCGGAGCCGUUGAUGCGUGUGCUGAACUCGCGCGUCUUCGCUGGUGUGGGAGGAUCGGUCAGUGGGGACAGUGCCAUGUACAACGACGUGCCCGUCUACGACGACUCGCACGACGAUGUCGUCUGGCAGGGCCGGACGGGGAGUGGCUAUAACGCAGGCAUUCCAACGCAGAGGACCGGGGACUUCAGCAGAAACGACGACUUCGACAAGCCGAGCAGAGCAUCGACCUGGCAAAACGACAACUACGGAGGCGGAAGCAAUUCCUUCGGCCGCGCGAACCCGAGCGAGACGUUCGACCGGUUAGAACAGACCAGAGGACGCUCGUCGACGUUUGGAGACCAAUCUGAUUAUGUGUACAGCGAUCGUAAGGGACCUCCGCCUGGACGGCCGAGCGCGCCCAAGCCGACUUUUGCGUCGAAGGGGUCGGCGGGGCCUGGGCAGGCGAUUGCCAAGUUUACGUUUGAGGCGGAUCAGCCGGGGGAUUUGGGGUUCAAGAAGGGGGAUAUCAUCACUAUUAUCAAGAGGACUGAGAGUGAGGCGGAUUGGUGGACGGGGAGGAUAGGGAGUCGUGAGGGAAUCUUUCCCUCGAACUAUGUUGAAGUGGUCUAG